AUGUCGUGGAAACUCACCAAAAAAUUGAAGGAAACCCACCUGGCUCCUUUAACCCAGACCUUCACGCGGUCAUCAUCCACGUCUACCAUUAAGGGCGAUCCCAGUGAAGAGACGACCCCAGUGACCUCCCAGUCCCCAAGCGUCUCGACAGCCAGCACCAAUGGAAUCAGCGCUUCCGAAUCGCUUGUCUCGCCUCCGGUAGCCCCUGUCAAACCGGGGAUCCUGAUCGUCACUCUUCACGAAGGUCGAGGGUUCGCUCUUUCGCCGCACUACCAGCAGAUCUUCAACUCGCAUUUCCAGAACAACAACUCCUAUGCGAUGCGCCCCAGUUCCUCAUCUUCUCACACCACGCACAGUCAAGCAGCCUCAUUCGUCCAUCAUGGCCGUCCACAGUCGACUAGCGGAGGAAUCAACGCCGCCCCCACCAUCCAUGGUCGGUAUUCUACCAAGUACCUCCCAUAUGCCCUUCUGGAUUUCGAAAAGAACCAGGUCUUCGUCGACGCCGUUUCGGGAUCACCCGAAAACCCUCUCUGGGCCGGUGACAACACCGCUUUCAAGUUCGAUGUGUCCCGAAAGACCGAACUGAACGUCCAGUUGUACCUCCGCAACCCCGCCGCACGGCCCGCCGCCGGUCGGAGUGAGGAUAUCUUCCUCGGCGCGGUCAAGGUCCACCCCCGAUUUGAGGAAGCACAACCAUAUGUUGAUGACCCGAAGUUGAGCAAAAAGGACAACCAGAAGGCGGCUGCGGCGCAUGCCGCCCAGGAACGCCAUCUCGGCCAACUGGGUGCCGAAUGGCUGGACCUGCAGUUCGGCACGGGUUCCAUUAAGAUCGGCGUCUCCUUUGUGGAGAACAAACAGCGCAGUCUCAAGCUCGAGGAUUUCGAUUUGCUGAAGGUCGUGGGUAAGGGUAGCUUCGGCAAGGUCAUGCAGGUCAUGAAGAAAGAUACUGGCCGAAUUUACGCUCUCAAAACCAUUCGCAAGGCUCACAUCAUCUCGCGGUCCGAAGUCACUCACACCCUCGCCGAGAGAUCUGUGCUCGCCCAAAUCAACAAUCCCUUCAUCGUCCCCCUGAAGUUCUCCUUCCAGUCCCCAGAGAAGCUCUACCUAGUCCUCGCUUUCGUGAACGGCGGCGAGUUGUUCCACCAUCUCCAGCGGGAACAGCGUUUCGACAUCAACCGGGCUCGUUUCUACACAGCAGAGCUGCUUUGUGCGCUCGAGUGUUUGCACGGAUUCAAGGUCAUCUAUCGUGACCUGAAGCCUGAGAACAUCCUUCUUGAUUACACGGGACACAUUGCCCUGUGCGACUUCGGACUGUGCAAGCUGGAUAUGAAAGAUGAGGACCGCACGAACACCUUCUGUGGUACUCCUGAGUAUCUAGCCCCCGAACUUCUUCUAGGCAAUGGUUACACGAAGAGCGUCGACUGGUGGACGCUGGGUGUCCUCCUUUACGAGAUGUUGACGGGUCUGCCUCCCUUCUACGAUGAGAACACCAAUGAUAUGUACCGGAAGAUCCUGCAGGAGCCGUUGAUGUUCCCCAGCGAUGACAUCGUUCCUCCGGCCGCUCGAGAUCUUCUGUCGAGGCUGCUUGACCGUGAUCCGCAACGCCGUCUGGGCGCCAACGGUGCUGCCGAAAUCAAAUCACACCAUUUCUUCGCCAACAUCGACUGGCGCAAGCUACUCCAACGGAAGUAUGAACCAAGCUUCCGACCCAAUGUGCUGGACGCCCGUGAUACGGCCAACUUUGACCGAGAAUUCACCCAAGAAGCUCCCCAGGAUUCGUAUGUCGAUGGACCUGUCUUGUCUCAGACUAUGCAGCAACAAUUCGAGGGCUGGUCCUACAACCGACCGGUCGCCGGUCUUGGAGAUGCUGGCGGUAGCGUCAAAGACCCAUCUUUUGGCAGCAUUCCCGAGUGA